UGCACUGACCCAUGCCUAAUAACCUAAUAAAAUUUUUAAAGUACAUAAGAGAUAGGCUAUACGCAAUAGUGGAUAUCGAAAUUUUAUAAACCAUCGUAAAUAUGGCGGCGUUCAAAAAUAUCUCAAUUUUCAUAACUGGUUGUAACCGAGGCAUUGGUCUUGCCAUGGUUAAGCAAAUAUUGUCACUGCCUAAUACUCCGAAAGUGCUAUUUGGUACUUGUCGUUCUUUGAAAUCUGACAGCUCUCGGGAGCUACGUGAGCUUGCAGAGAAGAACCCGAUCUUACAUCUUCUAGAAUUGGAUGUUACCAAUGCUUUGCAGCUUGAAGCUGUGGUUAAAGAAGUUGAAGAAAAACUUGCCGGGUCUGGAUUAAAUCUACUGAUAAAUAAUGCAGGCAUACAUAAUUUGAAAAACUCUGAAUAUGGCGAAGCUACAACUACACUAGAUGAAGUUAGCCGUGAGCUGAUGAUGAAAGUCUAUGAGACAAACGCAAUAGCACCUCUUAUGAUAGUAAAAGCUUUCUUGACGUUGCUACGUCGAGCUGCAUCGAGCAAUGAUCCACCAUGUCAGCCUCAAGCAACUGUUGUUAAUAUUUCAUCCGAUGAUGCCUCAGUCGCACUGAAUUCGGAAGGUGGCCAUUACCAAUACAAAUGUUCAAAGGCUGCAGUCAACAUGUUGACCAUGUCUCUCAGCAUUGACUAUGCUAAAGAUGGUAUAACUGUUGUCUGUAUCGACCCUGGUUGGAUUAAAACUGAUAUGGGUGGAAAAGCAGCACCACUGACUCUUCCUGAAGCGAUACCAUCAUUAGUGAACUUAAUUGGCUCAUUAGAUCUGUCAAAGACAGGUUCUUUCUUGCAGUAUAAUGGUAACACUUUACCUUGGUGACUUAUCUUAAUUAACAAUGUGAUAAAUGGGAUAAAAUUUGUACACAUUUGUUUUUAAAAUAAAAAUACAAAUUUGUACAUUUGAAAUAAAAAAUGCAGAUAUAGUGAUUAAAUAAUCAGUAAUACAAGUGCCUUUG